AUGGAGCGUAGUCGCGGCGUCCCCGACGAGGAGAUGUUCCUCAGCAAACCUGCGCCCGAGGACUGCGAUAGCCCGACCGUCGAGCCCCUGCGCAUUUUUAAACCCCAGAGCCCUCUACCCGCCGCCGACUCUAGGCCCUCGUCCUCGGCCUUCAGAUUUCCUGCUCCUCCUUCAUCCUCGUCUCCCGCCAGCAAGCACUCCUUCCCACUACCGCCUGGGGCCUCCAGCUCUGCCGCGCCUUUGCCCUUCCCAGACGACGACGACGUUCGCAAACCGACUCCCGCGAAGCCCUUUGGCGCCGCCUACAACGACACCAGCCCUCGCUUAGACACGAGCCCUUUUGGAAAGAAACCGGGCCUCGCCGAGCGCAGAGGCACUGCUCCCAAGCCCAUCAGCUCCCCAACGAGUCCCGACGCCGACCAGGACCUCUUCCAGCGACCCUUGGUUGCUGCUGCUGAUCAUCAUCGUCCGGGUUCCUCCAACGCAAACUAUCCCAGCUAUCAGAAGACCUACUACCCCCCGCCGGGCGCUGCUGCUGCCGCCCCGGCCCCGCAGAGUAAUGCGGCACCGCACCCUUCCGCCGUCCAACACCUCAACAUGAACGAUCCCGGAGUGAAUCGAUUUGCCUCGACGGCUUCAACCUCGACGACCCGGGCUAACCGGGGUUCCCCACCACCUCCCGAGACACCGAUUGUGGAACCCGGACAGACCCCCGCCGACGGCAUCGAAGCCCGGUAUGCCGCCGCUGGCAUCUCCGGCACCGCGACACUCAACAGUAUCGGAGCCCCGAGUGCUGCUGCUUCUCAGAGACUGGCCCAGUAUGGAACCCAGCCGCCUCCACGGCCUUGGACCCCGACCGAGUCGCCCGAUCAGGCACCCUCCGGCCCCCCGACCGUCUAUCAGGGCAUGGACCCCGUCUCGAGUCCUCAACCGCAUCAGCAGACUUUCAACCUUCCGCCACAGAAGAAUGCCCAGAACCAGGACGGCCCAGUACAAGUCAGCGUCUUGGAACAGGACUUCCAGCGCCUGAACGCAAAGACACCCCCACCCGCCUACUCCAGCGUGAACCCCAGCGGAGGCUCUUCUUAUCCGGCUGAGAAGCAGCGACCCCAGCAAGCUGCUGCUACAUCUAGUUCUGUCCCCAUUCAGCAACCUGUCGCCACAAGUUCUCUCCCUCCGAAGAAGGUGGCAGCGGCUGGAGUAGCCGUAGCCGCAGCCGCAGUGGCAACCGGAUCAACCGCUGCCAGUGGCCUCGCCUCCCCGGCCCUCCAACAUCCGGGACACCCUGCCUUUGCCAACGACCCUCAUCCCGAACAGCCUGCUCAGAGCGCGCAACAAGCUGUUCCUGCUACUCCAUCUUUUGAGCCUCAGAAUCCAGCCUCGCCGCCUCCACUACCCGAGGGAUGGAUUGCCCAUCUUGACCAAAAUUCCGGCCAGUAUUAUUACAUCCAUUUGGCUUCUCAAGCUACUCAAUGGGAGUUUCCCAAGGGACCGAAUCCCAUCACUCAUGAACAAGCACCGCUCUCCCCGACAGCAUCAACGUACGGAAACCCUCUGGUCUCGCCCAUGUAUGGAAAGCAGUCCAUGGCCUCUCCCAUGUUCCCUCCCCACACUCCUGGAUACGCCGAGAGCAUCAUGAGUGUAGCCGCGUCGCAGACGCCUACCGCGGCCGGAUUCUCGGGACCGCCGCCAAGUGCUGGUGUGGACAUGUACAGGAUCCAACCGACCAAUGGCGUCUACUUCGGCCCCUAUCUGCGAUACGUGAAUAUGGAUGUGGAGAAGGGUAUCUGGUUUGGAAGUAUUCUGAUUGUGACGGAUGCGCCGCAGCCCCCGACGCUCCAUCUCCAUCUUAGCAUGGACUUGUCGCCCAACCCACGUCAACUACAACCCCGCCCAAUCUUCACUCAUCAACGGUGGAAGUUCUACAAAUAUGAUAUUGAGCUUCAAAUGGCCGAGGACACUCAGCGAUGGACCUAUGCCGUCACCUCACACCUGGGUUGCACCCGAUACGAGUUUGUGGUGGCCGGUCGCCAGGAGACGAGCUGGCGCUUCAUCGCCCACUCUGGCAACGAUUUUGCCGCUGGAACAUCUCAAAACGAGCGGGCAAAACUUGGCGGAGUUGGGUUCAUGUGGAAGGACGUGCUACAGAAGAACGUCGAGUGCGGUGGCUUCCAUGUCCAACUUGGCCUGGGUGACCAAAUCUACGGCGAUCGACUCUGGAAGGAAGUUCCCCUCUUGAAGCAGUGGCUCGCAAUGAGUGGCCGCGAUAACAAGAAGAACGUCCAGUGGACGGCCCGCCACGAAGAGGAUGUCUCGCACGCCUACUUCCACUACUACACUAGCCAUUUCGACCAGCCCUUCCUUCGUGAAGCAUUCGCCCAGAUUCCCCACGUCCUCCAGAUUGAUGACCAUGAUAUAUUCGAUGGAUAUGGAUCGUACCCAGACUAUAUGCAAUCGUCACCCAUGUUUAAGAAUAUUGGACGAGUUGCCACCGACUUGUAUCUGCUAUUUCAACAUCAUACGACGGUCGAGAUGCUGCGAAAUGUCAGCAACGAUCAAGACAUAUUCACCAUCACCGGCACGGGCUGGCACUUCGUGAAGUAUCUUGGACCUGCUGUUGUGGUGGUUGGCCCCGACUGUCGAUCGGAGCGAACACAGGCCCAAGUUAUGGCCGGGCCGACAUAUCAGGGCAUCUUCCCCAAGGUUGCUACCCUUCCUCCCAGCGUACAGCACUGUAUCUGGAUGGUGUCGGUUCCGAUCGUGUACCCUCGCCUGGACACCGUGGAGAGUCUGGCGAACACAGUGGCUGUCGGCAAGAAAGCAGUUAACACGACGUACAACAUCCUGGGCAAGGUGACCAGCUCUGUAGCGGGUGUGGUAGGAGGCAAGGAGGUUGUCGCUCAAGGCUUCUCUCAGGUCAAGAAGGCGGUUGGAAAGUCGGGCCUCAUGGGUAACGUGCUAAAUCAGUUUGGUGAGCUCGAUAUCCAAGAAGUGCUCAAGGACAUGUGGACGCAUGACACCAAAGAUCUGGAGCGGACUUACUUCAUCCGGACUCUUCAGGGCAUUGCUCAACAGAAGGGUAUCCGCAUGACUUUCCUGUCCGGAGAUGUCAACGCAUCCGGAGCAGGCUUGGUCCAUGACCCGACUCAUCCCGGCGAUCACAAGACCAUGUAUCAGGUCAUCUCAUCACCCAUUGUGGCAGCCCCCCAGAGCAACUAUGUUCUCAAAAUGCUCCACAACCAGAAGACACUGUACGUGCCACAGAAUGGCAAGAAAUCAACACAUGAGGUCUCGGAUACCAAGGAGGACAUGAUGGAGAUCUUCCAUACCGACGCUAGCGGCUCAGCACGUGAGCUCAAGAAACUCAUGGGUCGCCGCAACUACGUCGCCAUCAUGGCGUAUGACCAUGAAGCCGUCGCAGCUCAAGCCCAAACCCCCUUCAGCCCCAACCCGAGCCUCAACGGGCAGCAGCAGCAACAAGGUCUUUCCAAGCUAAGCUUGGCCGUUGACUUUGUCGUACAAGGAGACGGAGCGUUUACAACACCGACCAAAUAUGGGCCUGUCAUUAUCCCACAUCUGGAGUUUGGGCGGUAA